CCGAAAAUUAUUUCAGAAUUAACAAUGACACGCUGUGUUGGUUUGGUUAACCGGGGAACAGAAGAAGAGGAGAAACAAGAACCUGAACGCUAUGGCGAGGGAAGUAGUGAAGACGGCGAUGAUGAUCUGUUCGAGAUAAACCUGGAGGCCAUUAGUGAUACGACGGAGUCUCCACCGUAUGAUGGGCAGAGAUUUCCGGCGAGAACAGGAAGCGUUUUACUGGCCAACUGUCUAUUACCAGCUGCGGAAAUCUCUUGUGCCGUGCCGGCAACAUCAAGAGGUUGGAGUGAUUUGGUUUGGUUUGGAGGGGUUCUCUAUGUUGAAAAUCUAGGUGUUGAGAGUAAGAAAGCUUAAUUAGAUAGUAAUAGUAUAUAUCUAAUGGUAUUAUUUUUUAAAAAACUAUCUUAUAGAUA